AUGUGCAUCAACGGAUCCCUGCCCCUUAAUGAAAGCUCAGAAAACAGCAGGCUGGAGAGGGAGUCUGUUACUGUCUUGAGCGUCCUGAGCGUGACUCUUCUGAGCUUUCUGAUCAUUGCCACCUUCGCAUGGAACCUUUUGGUGCUGCUAACUAUCCUGAGAGUAAAGACCUUUCACCGUGUGCCUCAUAACUUGGUGGCCUCUAUGGCAGUCUCUGAUGUGAUGGUGGCUGCCUUGGUGAUGCCUCUCAGUCUGGUCAAUGAGCUCCUCGGGAGGCGCUGGAGGCUGGGCAGGGUCUUGUGUUACGUUUGGAUUUCCUUCGAUGUUUUGUGCUGCACGGCGAGUAUCUGGAAUGUUACUGCCAUCGCCCUGGACAGGUUCUGGUCUAUCACCAGGCACUUGGAUUACACUUUAAAGACUCGAAAGCGGAUCUCCAAUAUUAUGAUCGUCCUUACAUGGGCGCUUUCGGCUGUCAUCUCGUUCUCUCCUCUUCUUGGAUGGGGGGAAGCCUACUCGGCUGACAAGGAGAACUGCCAAGUCAGCCAGGAGCCCUCGUACACCGUCUUUUCAACCUGCGGCGCUUUCUACUUGCCGCUUUGUGUGGUUCUGUUCGUAUACUGGAAAAUCUACAAGGCUGCCAAGUUCAGGAUAGCGAGCCGCAAGAGGAAUGCUGUUGUCCCAUUGCCCGAAAUACUGCAGGUGAAGGAAGCCAGCCACCAGCCCCAGAUGGAGUGUGCGGUCCGACAUACCGCCCUGACCUUCCAGGCGGACGGAGAAGCUUGGCGCCAACAGAAGGAAAAGAAGGCAGCGGUGAUGGUAGGGAUCUUGAUCGGGGUCUUCGUCCUGUGUUGGAUCCCAUUUUUCAUCACCGAGCUCAUCAGUCCUCUGUGCUCUUGCAACAUCCCCCCUGUCUGGAAGAGUAUAUUUGUCUGGCUCGGCUAUUCCAAUUCCUUCUUCAAUCCUCUCAUCUACACAGCUUUCAACAAAAAUUACAACAACGCUUUCAGAUAUUUAUUCAUAAAACAGCGAUGAGGGUAAGCCGAAUAAUCUGUCCUCGGCAGUAUCCUUAAAGUACUAACAGUGACAUUCCCCUUUUAGAAUAAAAACGAAGUGUAAUACUUCAUUGCAUUAAAUCAUCACAAUAUUAAAUAUCGAAUCUGUUAUAACGAUGUCUGGAGUGGAAUAUAAACAUAAAGUUUAGACUAGUCACUUUACUGUUUUGUUGUAAUACUUGCGAUUUUUUUCGAAAUGUGUUUAUGUUAAAAGCGGAGGAAAUUUCCUCGAUGGUUCAGAAUUGCCUCCGUUACCAUGCGAGCUCAGUUGCAUACACGGACGCUAGGAUAUGCCAGCUCUUUAUUCACACAAUCUCAGAUAAAAUAAAAUGUUGUUAAGAUAUUGACGAUAAUUGAGUUUAUGCUUUGAACAAAUUAUUUUAAAUGACGGGACAUUUCCGGCUUUAAAGUUUUACAAUCGUCCCUAUGACUGAACUGUGAAUCCUCUUUGAAUAUCAAUUCUGUAAUUAUUUUAUUUCAUACUCGAGAAUAGAUCAGUGGUUUCUGAUCACAUUUUGAUAAUUUUGUUCUGAAUCUGGGCUAAAUCUGAACUGUUUCGUAAAAUAACAUGAGCAAAAAAUGUACUACUGGCUAUAAAUUGACAGUCCUUCGUUCAUUUUGCCAUCCAUUAACUCGCAUAACCGUUAUCGAUAUUUUUAUUCUGCUCUACUGGCUGCUGGCGUGCAGUAUUCCAAAAGCUGCAUCUUACAUCUUGUAAUCAAAAUGAGUUCUCAGGGUGACUUUGCAUCAGCUAGUCAAAAC